AUGGGUCUCUGUUUCUCUGUUCCGCGGCGCCGUCGCUUCCCAGUCAUGGGCAUGGGACCUAUGGGAGGCAUGGGAGGCAUGGGCAUGGGUAUGGGCAUGCCGCCUCCUCGUCGAUAUCAUGGUGGAAUGGGCAUGGGAGGUGGCGGAUAUGGACACGCAUAUGGGGGACGGGGUUAUGGCGGACAUGGCGGGCAUGGCGGUUAUGGCUAUGCCUCUGGGUUUGGGGGCCGUGGAGGGGGUGGUCCCCCCGGGGGCUUUGGGCGUCGGGGAGGAUUUGGAGGGCGGCGAUGCUGA